CUUUUGUACUUCAUGUUUGAACUUUCAAUGGAGAGUUUGUCAUCUAAAUAUUUGAUGUGGGUUUUUAUAUUACUCUUGGUUCAAAUAUGUGAAUGCAAAGGUUGCAUCGAAGAAGAGAAGAUGGGUUUGCUUGAAUUCAAGGCUUUUCUUAAAUUGAAUGAUGAGCAUGCAGAUUUUCUCCUCCCUUCAUGGUUAGAUAACAACACUAGUGAAUGUUGUAAUUGGGAGCGGGUUAUUUGCAAUCCCACCACAGGUCAAGUUAAGAAGCUUUUCCUCAAUGAUAUAAGGCAACAACAAAAUUUUUUGGAAGACAAUUGGUACUAUUAUGAAAAUGCCAAAUUCUGGUUACUAAAUGUCUCCCUAUUCCUUCCUUUUGAAGAACUUCACCAUCUAAACUUGUCUGCAAACUCAUUUGAUGGGUUUAUUGAGAAUGAAGGAUUUAAAAGGUUAUCAAGUUUAAAGAAAUUGGAGAUCUUGGACAUAAGUGGUAAUGAGUUUGACAAAAGUGCCUUAAAAUCUUUGGGCACAAUAACAUCACUCAAGACAUUGGCUAUUUGCAGCAUGGGAUUGAAUGGAUCUUUUUCCAUUCGAGAAUUAGCUAGUUUAAGAAAUUUGGAAGUGUUGGAUCUAAGCUAUAAUGAUUUGGAAAGCUUUCAACUAUUGCAAGAUUCACAAGGCUUGUCCAUAUUCAAAAAGCUCGAGACCUUGAACCUCAAUCACAACAAGUUCAAAAACACUAGCCUACAACAAUUGAAUAUAUUUACAUCCCUUAAAAAUCUUUCUCUAGGAUGGAACUAUGAUGGAGGAUUUUUUCCGAUCCAAGAAUUAUGCACUCUAGAAAACUUGGUGAUGUUGGACCUAAGUGGGAAUUUCUUUAUUGGCAUGCAAGGUUUUAAAAGUUUGUCUAAGCUGAAAAAGUUGGAAAUCUUAAACCUUGGUUAUAAUUGGUUCAACAAGACCAUUAUAAAACAGUUGAGUGGACUCACAUCCCUUAAAACACUAGUUGUAAGCAACAACUAUAUUGAGGGACUUUUUCCUUCCCAAGAAUUAUCUAUUUUUGGAAACUUGAUGACACUGGAUUUAAGUUGGAAUAGAUUCAAUGGCUCCCUAUCAAUCCAAGAUUUUGCAAGCUUAAGCAAUUUGGAGGUAUUGGAUUUGAGUGAUAAUUCAUUUAGUGGGAUCGUUCCAUCGUCUAUAAGAUUGUUGUCUUCUCUCAAGUCUUUAUCCCUGGCUAGAAAUUACCUCAAUGGUUCCUUACCAAAUCAAGAACAACUAGUUGUAAGUUUGGGGGCAUUGACAAGACGAGGAGAUGAUUGGUUACAUGCCUUAUUCUCUUUUGUAGGCUUCUGCCAAUUGAAUAAGCUUCAAGAAUUAGAUCUUUCUUACAACUUAUUCCAAGGGAUCCUUCCUCCAUGUUUGAAUAAUUUGACAUCUUUGAGGUUAUUGGAUCUUUCUUCCAACCUAUUCUCCGGAAAUCUUUCUUCCCCUCUGUUACCUAAUCUCGCAUCCCAGGAGUACAUCGAUCUCAGUUACAAUCAGUUUGAGGGUUCAUUCUCUUUCAGCUCUUUUGCUAAUCACUCCAACCUUCAAGUGGUCAAACUUGGAAGGAAUAACAACAAAUUUGAGGUAGAAACUGAAUAUCCAGUUGGUUGGGUUCCCCUGUUUCAGUUGGAAGCUCUUAUGCUAUCCAACUUAGUGGUGGUUGAUCUAUCCCAUAAUAACUUGACGAGAAGGUUCGCCAAUUGGUUGCUUGAAAACAACACAAGACUAGAAUUUCUAGCCCUGAUGAAUAACUCUUUAAUGGGUCAACUACUUCCCCUGAGACCUAAUACUCGUAUCAGUUCAUUGGAUAUCUCACACAAUCAGUUGGAUGGACAACUUCAAGAAAAUGUGGUCCAUAUGAUUCAAAAUAUUAUGUUUCUAAAUUUAUCCAACAAUGGUUUUAAAGGUAUUAUCCCAUCCUCAAUAGCUUAAAUGAGUUCCUUAGGGUCGUUGGA